AUGAAUAUUAAUAAUUCUCUACCAAGUAGUUUUAGUAACAAUGUUUACGAAUCCAAUUCUCAAACAGCUGUUACCCAGCCUUACGAUACAUAUACGCCUGUCACGUAUAACAAUAACGUUAACGUAAUUUCUGAUCAGAACAAUGACGCCACUAUUCCUCCUGAUCACGCUUCGUUUAAUCACUAUCAACAACAUAUCCAGCAAUCUGGCAUUUCUAACAACAAUGCUACUACUAGUAAUCCUACUAUUACUUCUGACCAUAAUCACUACCACAACUAUCAACAACACAUGUCCAAUGUCGAUACAAACAAUAACGUUACCUUUUCUUCUAGUAAUAAUAGUAAUAAUCAUGGCGCUUUCACUCAUCAUAACAAUCAACAAUCCAAUAACGUUUUUUCGCCACCGCAAUCUUACAACAAUCAAAAUCAACCUAGUAAUCCAUCACAAUCAAAUAUUCUUCCUCUGCUUAAUUCGUUUGGUAUUAAUAUUAAUUCUCCUCAGGCAACUAUUAUUAUUAUACCUACAACUAAUUCGGAUAUUCUUCAACGAGUUCUUGCUCGGUUUCAACAAUAA